AUGCUGCUGACAGAAUACUUGGAUAUGAAGAACACUCGGACUGCUUCAGAACCAUCAGCCCAGCUUAGCUAUGCAAGCUCUGGGAGAGAAUUUGCUGCUUUCUUUGCAAAGAAGAAACCUCAAAGGCCUAAAAACCCUCUGUUCAAGUUUGAAUCGUCCUCCCAUGCUAUUAGCAUGAGUGCCUAUUUGCGUGAGCAGAGGAGGGAGCUCUACAGCAGGAGUGGAGAACUUCAAGGAGGUCCUGAUGAUAAUUUAAUUGAAGGUGGUGGAUCAAAGUUUGUCUGCAAACCAGGUGCAAGAAAUAUUACUGUCAUCUUCCAUCCAUUACUCAGAUUUAUUCAGGAGAUUGAGCAUGCCUUGGGCCUUGGCCCAACCAAACAAUGUCCGCUCCGGGAGUUCCUCACCAUGUACAUCAAGAACAUCUUCCUUAAUCAAGUCCUGGCAGAGAUCAACAAAGAGAUAGAAGGUGUCACCAAGGCAUCUGACCCCCUGAAGAUAUUGGCCAAUGCAGACACCAUGAAGAUGCUGGGAGUGCAACGGCCUCUUCUGCAGAGUACAGUAAUUGUGGAGAAGACAGUACAGGACCUCAUGAACCUGAUGCAUGACCUGAGUGCUUAUUCAGAUCAGUUCCUCAACAUGGUGUGUGUGAAGCUCCAGGACUAUAAGGAAACCUGCACUACUGCCUACAGGGGCAUUGCUCAGUCAGAUGAAAAGCUGGUUAUCAGUGCAUCCUGGGCAAAAGAUGACGACAUCACCAGGCUCUUGAAGUCUCUGCCCAACUGGAUCAACAUGGCCCAGCCCAAGCAACUCAGACCAAAGAGAGAAGAAGAGGAAGACUUUAUCAGGGCUGCCUUCGGCAAAGAGUCAGAAGUUCUCAUUGGGAACCUGGGAGAUAAACUAAUCCCGCAGCAGGAGAUCCUGCGUGACGUCAGUGACCUGAAGGCCUUGGCCAAUAUGCAUGAAAGCCUGGAGUGGUUAGCUGGUCGCACAAAGGCGGCCUUCUCCAACCUUCGAACAGCCCAGACGCCGUCACCUGGUCAGGACAGCCAUGCAAAUAUGGACCUCCCACCAGUGUCAGAACAGAUCAUGCAAACGCUGAGUGAACUGGCCAAGUCCUUCCAAGAGAUGGCUGACCGCUGCUUGCUGGUUCUGCAUUUGGAAGUCAGAGUUCAUUGCUUCCAUUAUCUGAUCCCACUGGCUAAACAAGGGAAUUAUGCCAUAGUGGCCAACGUGGAAAGUAUGGAUUAUGACCCUCUUGUGGUGCGGCUAAAUAAGGACAUCAGUGCCAUUGAGGAAGCGAUGAGUGCCAGCCUCCAGCAGCAUAAGUUCCAGUAUAUCUUUGAAGGCUUGGGCCACUUGAUUUCCUGUAUUCUCAUCAAUGGUGCCCAAUACUUCAAGCGCAUCAGCGAAUCUGGUAUCAAGAAAAUGUGUAGAAACAUCUUCAUCCUCCAACAGAACCUGACCAACAUCACCAUGUCCCGCGAGGCCGACCUGGACUUCGCAAGGCAGUAUUAUGAGAUGCUGUACAACACGGCCGACGAGCUCUUAAACGUAGUGGUGGAUCAAGGAGUGAAGUACACGGAGCUGGAGUACAUCUACGCCUUGAGCUUGCUGCACCGUAGCCAGACUGGCGUCGGGGACCAGACAACCCAGAACAUAAGACUGCAGCGCCUGAAGGAGAUCAUCUGCGAGCAGGCUGCCAUCAAACAGGCCACCAAGGACAAGAAAAUCACUACAGUGUAAUCCAGGCCAUCGCGUCCCAGAAUCAGAGCAGCAUGGGGCACCACCCCUGUGUGCAAUCUGUAGUAGCUAUUGAUAAAAAAUGUAUGUUAUGGGUGGGGACAUACAGUCUGAGGUUUGGGUUUGGGUUUUUUACACUUAAUCAUGCCAAGUUUCCCUAAUGUAUUAUCCUGAGAGCUUGCACUGAUCUCCCUUCAUCAAGAGGAAGCUUAUAAAGUUUAACCUAGAUGAAAUGUGGAUAGCGGUGGGGUUGGGGGGGGAUAGGGGUGCAAAUGAAUAUCAGGCUGCUUCUGAGCUAUUGCUGCUUUGCCUUGGGUUCUAACGGGGGUAGCCAGCUGGCAGGGGGGAGGGACAGUGCGGGGAAGGAUUCUCUCUUUAUUAGUCUGAUACCAUAAAUGGAAGUUCGGCUACCACUAGUGGAAACAGCACCGUGACCGUCAAGGGCAGAUCUAGAGCUGAUUUGUGAAAUCUUGACGGUCUUGAAGUUGUCUCAAGAUUUUGUUGAUUUGAGCUCUGUCAACACUGUUGCUCUUCUGUACAAUGCUACGUAGGUGCAUUACUUUAUUGGUAUUAUUAUUCCGCUCUUUCCAUUGCAAAGAGAACUGGUUGCUAGUUCCUGACGGGUGGAACUUGGCUUUCAUUUUGAAUCAUAUUGAACCAAUUCACGUGUCAUUAGAGGCAACGCACUGGGUCAUCAGUUUCAUUGUCUACUGUUCCUCUGCCUCAGAGCCAUGAAUCGUCAGUUUCCAGAGGUCAGCCUGUUCCAAAUAAUGAUGGAAGUAGGUGGAAAUUGCAAAUUCAACUUUUUAUCAGGCAGAGAAACUUCUUCAGAGAUUUAACUCUCCCUUUCGUAAAUAGCACUUGAGUCAGUCACCCACUUGAAAGACACACCCCGGUUCACAUCACUGGUACUGUAGCAGACGUGUACUCAACAGUAGUGGCCAGAGAAUGGAGGAGGAGGCAGGUUCACAGGGCCCACCUGUCUGAAAUGAGUUUCUGACCCACCAUGCUAAUCUGUUGCCGCAUCUUUUCCCUCUUUCCUUCCACCAUUCGCUACUCACCCACACUGGAAAAGGAUCCUUAUUCAUCAGGGCUGAUGGAUUUCUUCCAAUCUUUAAUACGAAGUGUGCAUUGUAUUCAUGUUUUUGAGAGGGAAAUUGCCACCCAAGGUUUGGUGUCGUGUCCUCGGUUGUGUUCUCUUUGUCCUGCAGAACUGCUUGGGCAGCAGCUGUCUUGACAACUGCCAAAUUAAAGAAUGUUUAAAGAAUCCUUAAA